AUGCCAGGAUCAGGAUCUACCAUAGUCACAGCAGGCGUCAUUAGUUUUACCCCAGCCGGUUCUGCCCUUCGAUGGGGUGCAUUCCCAUUUAUCGCGCUUUGCGUCUGGCAAUGCAUCUCAACGUCAAUCGACUACCUCGUGCGUAGUCCUUGGGCAAGUUUGGUAGGAGGUCAUUCCGUGACGCUUCUCUUCCAAUACAUCGACCUUGUGCUUCUGAGACGAUGGACUGUUGAAUUGAGCCACUCGAAUCCAAGAAACAGGUUCUGGAUGCGGCGAUUCGCAUUGGGUCUGUCUAGCACAUGGAACAGUCGAUUUGUGGGGACACGCGAGCAAGUCAAAAAUGUACCGCGCUUCUCAAGUACCGACCCAAAAUAUAUCCCGACUCGAAGUGUGUUCCUGCGUAGCAUGGCCACCCGAAUUCUUGUGAGCUAUGUUCUCCUGGACAUACUAGGUGCUAGUGCCGAUCCCGAAGUGAACGCGCGGUUUUACACCCUAGCCAAAAUCCCGGUUUUUGGCCGUCUGGGUGAGAUUUCGAGCGAAGAGCUUCUCAUGCGCGUUGGCUGCGUGGUUGGUGCAGCAAUCGGUCUGGUCUGCACUCAAGGUGGAAUAUACUGCAUUUUUGCCGUCGUCGGCGUGUUGCUGGGUGUCUCGGAUCCCAAGGAUUGGCCACCCUUCUACGGAUCAAUCUUCGACGCUUACACUCUUCGUGGAUUCUGGAGUUGUUCGUGGCAUCAAUCAAACACUCACAAGCUCAACUCCAUCUCGCGAUAUCUGACAUACGAGCUCAUGAAAAUCCAACCGCAUACUCUAGGUGCCAAAUUCACUCGCAUGGGUGUGGUCUUUGCCGUGUCGGGGUUCAUGCAUUUCUUGAUCGACAUCUCGGCGGGAAUUCCUGUUUACGACUCGGGAGCUAUGCGAUUUUUCUGUACGCAAAUAGUCGGAAUCAUAGUCGAAGAGCUAUUCAGGGCUGCUCAUGGUCUCAUUCGACCGCAGCACAAGACUGAAACGCCGUCAAAAAGGCAAAGGGCGGUGGGAUAUGUGUGGGUCGGCGCAUUCCUCGUGUGGUCCCUUCCAUCUUAUGUCUACCCGAUGAUGUACCGGGGUGCGUUGGGUCUGGAUGAUUCGGUGGUGCCCGUGAAACUGGUACAGAGAGUGCUGCAAUAGUGGGUUUGUUACUCGACUUCUGGAGCACAGAAAUACUGUCGGCAGUAGCACAAAGUAGUCUGAGGGUCAUCGAAGGCGACUCGUGAAGUAUAUAUAUCUCGGUCAUCCGAACGACAAAUGAAAAUCCGCAUUCGAUAUGGAGCUGUAGAGUAGACACCACAGAUAAAAGAAAUUACCCCAUAAUUCUGAUCGUUAGACAUUGGCAUCCGACCA